UGAGGCCGUGUCUCUCUCUCUCACUCCCUCUCUCUCACUCUAUCACUCACCCAUUUACUCUAUCUCUCUUUUCCUUUUCUUUUUUUUAUUUUACUUCCAUCGUCGUUUCGCGUGGCAAGGUUUUCCCUCCACGCGCAGGAAAGGAGCGCGAGGAGAAUCAACCUUAUAGCUUGUAGACGUACUUGUUUUUUUUAGCAUCUCCGAUAAAGCAACGAGGCUUUAAAAGCACGAGAAGUUUCUAUCGCUGCUCGCUGAACUGGAUUUUACCACCCACACAAGGGAAGGAAUAGUUUUGUGAGCUUUCUUCAGAGGUGUUUUCCACGCAUCCUUUAGGCGGCCACCCGAGCGAGCAAUCUUUGGGAUCCACGAACCUACAUAUGGUCUGGCUGAGGGACGAGCUUGGACAGAGCCUAAGGGAUUUCUUUUUCCUCCUCGACGGCAUUUGGAAACUAUAAAGGACCACACGAACUAUUCCAAGGGAGCUUUUUUCUGUUUAUUUGGGAAAGAAGACGCACUAACGAGGAGUUCGACAACGCACCCACACAAAAUGCCGCAAAAAGGGAAUUAUUAACUAGUGUGACGCAGAUGAGUCUAUAAAUUGUUUUAAGCGGACAGUCAACAGUUUCCAGAAUACUAUAACCGGACCACGUGGGAGUCUGGUGUAGCUUCCAUGAUGCAAAACAAGGUGUAUGACAUCUGUAACGAAGGUCACAGUGGGGUGAACCAGCUCGGUGGUGUGUUUGUGAACGGCAGACCGCUGCCGGACUCCACCAGACAGAAGAUAGUGGAGCUCGCGCAUAGCGGAGCGCGACCUUGCGACAUAUCCCGAAUCCUACAGACCCAAGCUGAUGCAAAAGUCCAAGUGCUGGACAAUGAAAACGUGUCCAACGGCUGCGUGAGUAAGAUCUUGGGCAGGUAUUAUGAGACCGGCUCUAUCCGACCGCGAGCCAUCGGAGGCAGCAAACCACGCGUAGCCACUCCGGAGGUGGUCGGCAAAAUCGCCCAGUUUAAGAGGGAGUGCCCGUCCAUCUUCGCGUGGGAGAUCCGAGACAGACUGCUGUCAGAGGGCAUCUGCACCAACGAUAACAUCCCGAGUGUGUCAUCCAUAAACAGAGUGCUGCGAAACCUGGCGAGCGAAAAGCAACAGAUGGGCGCAGAUGGCAUGUAUGAGAAGCUGAGGAUGCUGAACGGACAGACGGGGACAUGGGGCACCCGGCCGGGCUGGUACCCCGGAACCUCCGUGCCAGGACAGCCCAAUCAAGAUGGCUGCCAGCAAUCAGAUGGAGGCGCCGAGAACACCAACUCUAUCAGCUCAAAUGGGGAGGACUCAGAAGAAGCCCAGAUGAGACUGCAGCUGAAAAGGAAACUGCAGAGGAAUCGCACAUCUUUCACACAAGAACAAAUAGAAGCACUAGAAAAAGAGUUUGAAAGAACGCACUAUCCAGACGUUUUCGCCCGAGAGAGACUCGCUGCGAAAAUCGACCUGCCGGAGGCCAGAAUACAGGUGUGGUUCUCAAACAGAAGAGCGAAGUGGAGGAGAGAGGAAAAGCUACGAAAUCAAAGACGACAAGCCAACAACUCCACCAGUCACAUACCCAUCAGUAGCAGUUUCAGCACAAGCGUCUAUCAGCCAAUCCCUCAGCCAACCACACCAGUGUCCUUUACUUCAGGCUCCAUGCUGGGACGGUCAGACACAGCCCUCACUAACACAUACAGUGCCCUACCGCCAAUGCCAAGCUUCACCAUGGCCAACAACCUGCCUAUGCAAGCAAGCCAGACCUCGUCUUACUCCUGCAUGCUACCAACCAGUCCUUCAGUCAACGGGCGGAGCUAUGACACGUACACACCCCCUCACAUGCAGGCACAUAUGAACAGCCAGUCGAUGGCCACCUCGGGCACAACCUCAACGGGUCUAAUCUCGCCCGGAGUGUCUGUACCGGUACAAGUGCCAGGCAGCGAACCGGACAUGUCCCAGUACUGGCCCAGAUUACAGUGAAGGGAGCGGGAGGAGGGCGGCGGGGGAGCGGAGCCGGGCCUCCCGGCCUCCCUCUCAGCGCCGAGGCAAAGCUCUUCAUCAGUAUUUCACCACACAAGGGAGAAGGGAGUCUAAAAAGGACCCGCGUUCUUCUUUUGUACUGGGAUAGUGCCACUUCUCUAGCGUUCCAUGGACACAAAGACUUGAAGAAGAAUCGAAAGAGAACGGACUCGAUGUAAAGUGCCCUGUGUUAUAUCGUUAAAUAAGAAAAAACGAAGAAAAAAAAAAAAGAAAAAAAAGAAGAAAAAAAAACACGGAAGAAAAAUCUGUUUUCAGUUUCCAGUCAUUUUGAUGUAUUUGUAAAUGGCCAAUUGUAUGUUAUGACAUAAAAAAAAAUGAACAGCUGUGGAUGGACUGUCAAACCAAGUUGGUCUUGCAUCUGUGGAAGGAACAACAUUCAUGCAAGCUUUUCUGCCAUGCUUCUUUCGUUUUAUUAUCGGUUGAUAUCAAGAACGUCUGACCGUCUUUGUAAAGAUUGUGGACCUGUAGUAACAAAAAAAAAAAAAAGAAAAAAACAUUUUGUUUCAAGGCAAUCAUGACUACACACAGUUUACAAGAAGCCAAUUCAUUUGUUUGUUUCCAAAGCUUGCUGGCAGAAAAAAACAGUAUAUGUGGAACGCUUUGAAUGCUGAA